AUGAAUUUCUUACUGCCCAUAUUGUUGGGGUGCAUCGUUUGUGUAAUAACUCAAUUCACCGAAGAGCCUGAGAAAAUAAAGCGGGAAAACUUUGAGGAUGAAAAUUCGUUGUCCGAUUUUGGCCUUUUGCUUGUUAAUAUAGUGACAAAAUUAUACGCCGGACAUUGUUACGCAUUGAUUACGGAUCCCAUUUAUAAAGCGGUCCUAACAAAACAGUUAUUCCUCGAUAUCGAAGACACUCCGCGCUAUGUGCUAGAAAUUUCCGAGGAUGAGGAUACACUGAAUCCGAGUGCGCGCCUUGAUUGCAUGCUCAAGGAGAUUCACAAGGUCGGGUGCGGUGUCUAUGUCAUCCUUUUGGCCAACGGCAUACAAAUGGAGCGUUUGUUGCGCUACGGAGACAAAACCCGGGUCCUUAACACACGCGCCAAAUUCAUUAUUCUACACGAUUAUCGGCUAUUCGCCCCAGACCUACACUAUCUUUGGAAGCGCAUCGUUAACGUUGUAUUCGUACGAGAGCUCACGAGUACCAAAUCCGGAAGGAGAAAUCAUCAGGACAAAACUCAUCAUUACGAGCUGGCAACGGUACCAUUUCCGUUUCCGCUGAAGGGGAUCUUCGUUGCCAAACGUCUCGAUUUUUGGUACAAAGGAAAGUUUCGCUACUCACAGAAACUGUUUUACGACAAAACUACCAAUCUGGAUGGGCAGAUCAUGAAGGUGGUGGUUUUAGAGCAUACCCCAGCAAUAUUUCACAACCUGGUUGACGAUGCGAGUAAUUCCAACCAAAAUUUUUAUGGAUUAGAAAUUGAACUUUUGAAGGCGAUUGCAAUGGGACUCAAUUUUGGUAUGGAAUUCUAUGAAACAGACGAUGCUGCUACGGAAAAGUGGGGCACUAUCUCCGAUAACGAUAAUGCAACAGGUCUCAUAGGAGAAAUGGUAGAAAGUCGUGCAGAUUUUGCUCUAGCCGAUUUGCACUAUACGGAGCACAAUUUGAAGACCAUGGACUUGAGCAUUCCGUACAAUACGGAGUGUCUUACAUUUCUCACUCCGGAGGCUCUUUCCGAUAACUCGUGGACAACACUGAUCCUGCCAUUCACACCGGGGAUGUGGGCCGGAGUUUUAAUCUCACUUUUCUCCAUAGGAUCAGUUUUCUAUGGUCUAUCGGAAGAUGAAAUCGAUAUGAACAAGUUAAAAAUGUUAAAAAUGGUGCCUUUUAAGCGACAAGCUCUUGCCUGGAAAGUGCCAUAUCCUAAGCGGGAUAUCUUCGAUACCCUCUCUGGUUGCAUCAUUUACACGUUCAGUAUGCUGUUGUUAGUUUCACUGCCUCGACUACCCAAUGGUUGGCCAUUGCGGCUUCUAACAGGGUGGUACUGGAUCUAUUGUGUUCUGGUCAUAGUUGCGUAUCGAGCUUCUUUGACGGCUAUUUUAGCAAAUCCGGUUCCUCGGUUGACGAUCGAUAAACUGAAAGAUUUAGCCGAAAGUCCCAUCAUUUGCGGAGCGUGGGGAGACCAGAACAAGCAAUUCUUUCAAACAGCACAGGACAAAGCUUCGAUGAUGAUUGGUGCAAAACUAGAGCACACUCCGGAUCCGGACUCAGCCGUAGAACGAGUGAUUGAAGGCAACUUUGCGUACUACGACAAUGUCUACAUGUUGAAGCAACUGCGGGCUACACGGCAAUCGGAAAAAGCCCGUCAAACACUGCACAUUAUGGAAGAAUGUGCCGUCCAUAUGCCGAUCUCGAUAGGGUUAGAGAAGAAUUCGCCUCUUAAACCCAAGGUUGACAUGUUUGUGCGAUCGCUGGUGGAAACAGGAUUAACGAAGAAGUGGUUAGCCGAUGCCAUUGAGAAGUUUCAGUCAAAUGUGGAGUUGCCUCCACAGGAAGCAACAAUGGAUUUGAAAAAGUUGACGGCCGCAUUCAUAGCACUGGCCGUCGGGUAUGGUCUCUCACUGUUUGCAUUCGGCAUCGAAAAACUGUAUUGGAGGUGUGUCGUCGAAAGGGAUCCAACGUAUGACAAAUUCAUCGUUGGUAGAUUCUAUGGAAACGUGGUGCAAAGCGAUAAUGGUGGCAGUUUUUAAGUGCUUUAAAAAAAAUCGUAGAAGAAAGUUAUUUAGCGUAACUUAUUUGUGCUGGUUUUGGAUUCAUUUGCAAAGUGGUUCGUUGUUAUCAUUCGCUGUUGAAGUAUAUUUAGAAGAUUAUUCACCAAAAAAGACAAUCGGUUGGAAAUAUCAGAGUCAUUGAAAACAGG